GAUACAACGCAGUGGAAACCACAAUGAACACCCCCCAAUUAACUCGAUUAUUGCAUAAAUACCCUAUCAAAGUGCUCUACAAACCCCUACUCCGAUCGCUUUCCACAGAUUCUGCCAUCAACCGCGGUCUCCGUCGUUCAGUUGCUGCAGAUCAUUACCGGUACUAUGAUCCUCAAGAAGAUACCCCCGAGUACGACUAUGAUCCCGAGCCUGCAAACUACCAAAAUUUUCCUCCGCCCCCCAGUCCCAUAGUCCGACGAGUUGCCGCCAGGAGAGAGGGAGAACCUGAGGACGAUUACUUCGAACCGGAGCCAAGACGAGAACUAUCACCUCGACUUGACCACGAACCCCCUCAAUUCCCUUACACUCCUGCCCCUCGUCGAUAUAUACCAAAAGUAAAUGACGAGGCAGAAUGGAUAUAUGGCACCUCUGUGGUAGAGGCUGCUCUGAGGUGCAGACGGAGGGAACAACUAUACAAACUUUACGUCUACGCAGGCCAUAACAGAACACCCGCCGCUCGAGAGCGGGAUCGGGAAAUGAAGGAUCUGGCGCGGACCGCGGGUGUAGAAAUUGUCGACGAGGAGGACAUAGGGAAGAUGGAUAGUAUGAGCAACUCGAGGCCGCAUAAUGUAGGUAUGCUCUGCUCCGGGCCGCCACCUCUCUCCUGACGCUCACAUGUAUUUGCCCAAGUUGAUAACAAACCUAAUUGACUAUCAUCCAGGGCUAUAUUCUUGAAUGCCUGCCCAUAAAAAGAACUCCCAUCAUAGCACUCAAAAACGUCCAAGAAGAUAAAAACUUCUUUACACUGGAAAUGGCCAGGCAUUACUUCGACGGCCGGCCAGUGGUCGAGCACUAUUAUGAUAAGAUUCGCUGCAGGGACCCAACAAGAAGAUACCCAUUCGUUCUCAUGCUAGACGAAAUAGUGAGCCCCCCCCCUCGCAGUUUUAGAUCGGAACCUCUACUGAUCCAUUCAUCCAUCCACCCACCCAGUUGGAUCCCGGCAACAUGGGGGCCAUCCUCCGCUCAGCCUACUUCCUGGGCGUAGAUGCUGUGACCAUCACGGCAAGAAACUGGUAAUUCACACUCAGCCCCAUUCACAUUACAUCUAACAUCAGACAAUAACUAGCGCCCGCCUCACGCCCAUCUGUCUAAAAGCCUCCGCCGGGGCCGCAGAACUCUUCCCAAUAUUUGAGCACGCAAGAAGCGAACGCAUGAUAACUCAGUCCACGGAAAACGGCUGGACAGUGUACGCUGCCAUCCCACCGCCGACGAAGAACCAAGCCCGCAGAGAUCGAUACGUCCACUCAUCCGAGGUGGCUGAGGCACUUAGGGAGGGCCCUGUAGUGCUUCUGGUGGGCAACGAGGGGGACGGUCUCCGGCCGCUGCUGAAGAAGCUGGCCAAGUUUUGUGUUAGUCUGGGUAAAGGGUCCGGUGCUGGUGGUUUGGUGGAUUCAUUGAACGUGAGUUUUUUCUCUUUCCCCGAUUACGGUGUAAUCACCUUGUGGUCUUGGGUAACCGUUAACACAAGAUAGGUUAGCGUUGCGACGGCGUUACUCUGCUCAAAGUUCUUAAAGGUUUGAUGGGUGAGACUUAUGAAGU